AUGUACGAGAAAGUAAACCAUUCCAGUGAAGUAACAAAGUUGCUAACCGACAGCGACUCAAGAGCGGCAGAUACAAGAAGGAGGACUAAGUUUACGAUCCUUGAUAUUCUUCGAAUUCUACUAGGUUUAGUGCUAUUGUUGGAAUGUAUUAAUAGAGUCAUAUAUGGUCAGUGGUUGUCGCCGAAGCUGUUAUUUAAUAGACGUAAACCGAAUUAUGAUCUAAAACCUUCAAUUUACUGGAGUGAGAAUCACAUAGAAAUACCUCAUAUUUUCACCCAUGAUGAGCUACUAACGUACUCAUCAACGGCAGAGGAUAGGGAAGAUCCAGAAGAUAGACCAGUUCUCAUGUCCAUCUCCGGGAAGGUUUAUGAUGUUUCACGUUCACCACAAUUCUAUGGCGCUAAUGGCCCCUAUAGACGCUUCACCGGUACCGAUUGCAGCAAUCUAUUUGGAUAUCCAGUAUGGGACAUAGUCGCCCUAUCAACCGAGGAAUGCUCUCCAGACGUCUCCAAUUUGAAGCCCAGUCAGUUACGUAGAGUAAGAGAGUGGGAGAGCUUCUAUGAGGAGAGGUACCCAUUAGUUGGGUAUUAUCAAGCAGUGCAGUGA